AUCAUUUUUGCCAUAGGAAAUAUGUAGCAAUAGCUUCUUCUGAUGAAGUGAAUUGAUCCAAAUUACUACUGAUGCACUAAGUAGGAUAUCAAAUAUUUAGUGUCCAUGUUACUCACCCGGGGGGUAUACGAAUGUCUCCUAUUCAUAGCCAUAAUAUAGUUAAGAUGUUUACAACUCCAGUACAAAGAUACAAUUCCAGUGCUGAUUUUUCUCUACAUUCACAUCCCUUCCUCUUUCCCAGGGUGAGGAGAGGACAAUACACGACUGUAAUUUCAGGGAGGGAUCAAAGUAGUGCAUCACAAAACGUCACCACACCGCCGAUUUGAACUGAGAAAGGGAGGGCAAUAUCUCGCUGUUGUGUCUCCCACAGGAGCUACAGACGGAUGCUUGAUACUUGACAUACCGCAGCGAAAAUAGUGAUGAGCCAGAGGCCCACGCACAGCCGACCAAUCAGGCGGCGGAGGAGAGGCUGUGCUGGACCGGCUGGCAGACACACCGGGCGGGGACAGAGCUCCGGCCGCAGCUCAGCCCUGUGGCGCUGACAGCACUGACUGGACCAGACCUGUCAAACCUCACCACCCCGUCUGUUUAAAGCAAGAUGGCUGACGUUGAAUUGGUGAAGAAAAUGCUUCGGGCUGUCCUCCAGGCCAACAAGGGUGGAGUGUCACUGUCCCGUCUGCAGUCAGAGUACAAGGAGCUGACCGGGGAACAGAUACCACAUAAACAGAUGGGACACAACCACCUUGAUGCACUGCUAACCAGCAUGCCCUCUGUAGUCCGCAUGGAGCGCAACCGCUCUGGAGAGAUGGUGUAUUUUGCCUCAGGGUCCAAUGAGACGGCCCAUGUAGCCAAAGUGGUGGCUCGCCAGCGCAGCUCCAAGAAGACAGGACGACCCCACCUGGUCAACACGCAGAUGAGGGUCAAACCAGCCGCCCCACUCGUCCUCAAUGCCAAACCUCAAACCUCUCUGAGACAGCCAAACCACCGCGGGCGAGGUGGAGGUAGAGGAGGAGGUGGCGGCCGCGGGGCUGGACAUGGAGACUUCAAACAGGCGAGGGACAUGAGGGAUGGCCAGUCGGAGGGCAAGACUGGGUCACAUCCAAACAAGAUGUCCAAUCAGAACACAUCCAACAGGAAAGGAAACCCACCUACAGAGAAGUCAGACAAGAGGAUGACCCUCCCAUCACGGUUUCAGAAGGAGGUACACGCUCACCUUUCCAGAAACUCCCAACAGACUAGUUCACCCUCGAAUCUAAAUGAGAACAUUGGUUCAGGGAAAGGAAAGCCCUACAACCCUCAGCAGGUCCAGGGUCGCAUCAAGGAGAUCCUGGGGAAGUACAGUAACGGCUUCUGGGUCUCCAAGCUGCCUCAGAUCUACAGAGAGCUGUACAAGCAGGACCUGCCCACUGAGGCCAUCAAAGACCUGGAUACCUGGACACACAUAUGCACUGUAGAGAAAACCUGCAGCAGCAACCCAUCAGAGCUGCUUCUCUACCCUGCCAAGGAACCGACCACUGCAUCCUCCCCUUCGCUAAUCCUUAACCCAAAUUCCACCGCUGCCCCUUCCCCGACUUCAAACACCCCUACAGACAAACCCUUGCAGUCCCCAGCCCAACAGAGACCCCCCAACACCCAUCGGACACGUUCCAAUUCUAACCCUCCUCAGUCUCCGCGAUCGUCCUCCUCGUCCCCUAGUCCUCCAUCCUCCCCUGCAACCCUCAGCCCCGACCUCAAGCUGAAACUAGAGGAGCUGCUGGUGAAGUACUCCAAUGGCCUGUGGGCUCAUGCGCUGCCCAAGCUGUUCCAAGACACAUACAAAACCAAACUGCCCGGACAUGUCCUGGAGAACCUUCACCUCCUCUCCGAUUUCUGCACCAUUGACUACCCGAUGCCUGACAACCCCAAGAGAGCCAUCCUGUACAGGAGUAGCAGCGCUGGAGGCGGAGGAGGAGAGGAUGAGAACUGUAAUAGGAGGAACUCUUCAGCCAGUGAGGAGGACAUGAGGGUGAGGCAGGAGCUCGGGAGGAGGCUCAGUAACCAGGCGGUGCCUUCUUUGCAGAUCCCCAAAGAAGAGUACCCCUCUAUACUGGUGGUGGAAGCCACCAACACCAACGGAGUCAUACUCAGAUACAUUGGCGAGGGUUACUCCCAGGCCCAGGAGUCUAUGGAGGAUGAAAUGAGGGAGUUUUACGGCCUGGACAAAAGCAGUCCAACUCCUUUGGCCUCUCCAUCCUCAGGCCAACUUGUUGCUGUCAGGGCUGAGGAGGAGGAGGAGAUUCUGAGGGCACAAGUCUGCGAGGUCAUGACUGACAAGGUCAAGGUGUACUAUGUGGAUCAUGGAUUUGCAGAGGUGAUCAGCAAAACCAAAGUGUUUGAGCUGCACGAGAAGUUUUUCAAACUGCCUUUCCAGGCGACCAAGUGUAAACUGGCAGGCCUGGAGCCGUUCUGCCAGGAGCCUGCUGUUCUGAAGAAAUUUGAGACAAUGGCAAGUGGAAGAAUCCUGUUGGCUGAGAUCCUACAGAGAGGCCAGACCCCUCUUGUCGUACUGUACGACACGUCGCAGGAUGAUGAUGUCAACAUCAACGCUGCCUGCAUGAAAGCCCUGCAGGACAAGACGCUCGCCAGUCCGUUACAGGUCAACAGCGCUUAUAUGAACGUGACUGUCAGCAGCGUCUGCUCCGAUGGGACCAUCUACUGUCAGCUGCCCUCCAGAGGCCUUGCCAAGCUGAAUGAGAUACUGGAGAAUAUAGAGACGUACUUCCACUCACAGGUAACAUCAGAGUUCCUGGUGUCCAGACCUUUCUGUGGGAAAGGAUGUCUGGCUCGAUACAAAGGCAAAUGGUCCCGUGUUGAGAUCACCAACCUGCACGGCAGCAGAGUGUUAGACAUCCUGUUCAUCGAUGUCGGUGUCCAGGCAUCUGUAGAGGUGUUUGAGCUGAGAGAGAUCCCACCGCCGUUCCUCCGUGACCUUAUGGCCAUCCCACCACAGGCUGUGAAGUGCUGUCUGGCAGACCUGGCUGUCAGUGUUGGAUCCUGGACUCCGGAUACUGUUCAGUGGCUUCGAGAGAAAGUGCUCAAUACCACCGACUGUAGCAUGAAGGUUGCCAAAGUGGAUGAAAACAAGCGCUGCGUCUACGUCCACCUGUUCACUGACAAGAACUUCCACGACCCGGCCCGCAGCCUCAACCAUCAGAUGGCCCAGUCAGAUCUGUUCAAACAGCAACCAGAUGUCUUCCUGACUAGCCACAGCCCUGUCAAGAUCUCCACACUCACCAAAACCUCCAGCACCAGUGACUCCACCAAUGGCAGUCCAACAUCAACGACUGUUCCAGCCAAGCCUCAUCUCAGAAGGGCUCUAUCCGGACCCAGAGUAGGCGGAGGAGGCAACACGACCACCACCAGCCCACCAGAGACACCAUCAUCCCCCUCAUCCCCUCUCCAGCUGCCACCACUACUAGAGCUGCCCCCAGCAGGUAAUCAUGGAAGCAACAUAGAUGUCUAUGUAUCAGUGGCGUGCCAUCCAGGCCACUUUGUGCUGCAGCCCUGGAGAGAUAUGUACAAACUGGUGGUGCUGAUGGGAGAGAUGAUUCUUUACUACAACAAGACUGAUGAGAAACCACUAAACAUAGAGAAGAAUCAGAUAUAUGCUGCUAAAGUGGAGAACAACUGGCAUCGUGUGCUAGUGAAAGGAGUUCUGACUAAUGGGUUGGUGUCUGUGUAUGAGUUGGACUACGGUAAACAUGAAUUGGUCAGCUGCACCCAGCUCAGACCUCUUAUCAAGGAGUUCAGACAGCUGCCUUUCCAGGGAAUCACUGCUCAGCUGGCUGGAGUGAAGCCGAGGCAGUGGUCGGAGGAGGCUUCCAUCGUUUUCAGAAACCACGUGGAGAAGAAACCACUUGUGGCCCAGCUGGAGGCCAUACAGGAAGCCACUAACCCAUGGGACAGGAAGUUGACGGUCUUCCUGGUCGACACUUCACAGGAAGAAAGGGACAUCUGGGUGCAUGACAUCAUGGCUGAGUUUGCUGAUGAGCUGACCAAUGAAAUGUAGACAAAAGAAGGUUUUUCGACUAAGUCUUACUAGCCAAGCAGUUGUCCUGUUGCUCAAGACGCUGUGAGUUGUGGAUAGACGAAUUAGAAGACGCUUAUCCAUCUAUCUACCUAUCAUUUAGGGGGACUGAAAGAAGGAAAGAAUGAAAAAAUGAAGGAAAAGUUAGAGAGGUCACAAGCAGAAUGGAAAUUGAGAGGCUUGAUAGAAAAUAGAGACAGGCAUUGAAAGAAAGACUGUGAAGAAGUAUAGGCAUUGUAGCUACUUGCUUGUUGUGUUAUGGGCUGUACACCGAAGGACGUUGUGAUGUGAUUUUGAGUGACUGCAGUGUGAUCGUACACCCAUGCAUGAUGUUGGUCCAACAAUAUACCAAACUUCUGAUCUAUCCAUCAUAGUUUCACAAGCUGUGGAAAUGAUACAAUUUAAUACGGGCUUUGAUCAGAAGCAGCAUCUUUAAGCACCAUGAGUGCAUCCAGUUUUAUCAUUUAGUGUGUCAUCCAGCAGAUGCCUGAAUACCCUCAACCCUGCCAAUGUGAGCAACAUGCACAGCGCACAAAAUGUUCAAUUUAACUCAGCAAGGUCUCACAUGCUUGGAAGACUCACAUGCAUUUGUUUACAAAAAUCUGCUUUUUGGAUGGUAUUUCUGAUUGUCAUAAAGUUUACAAAAGCGAGAGCAAACAUUCCCCAAAGUGGAGGAGAAAUGGAGGAGUUGGUGAGCCAUGGGAGACAGACAUAAGAGGCCCUGUAGUAGUUUAGUCAAUUUAAAUGGAAAUACACUUUUCAUCUUUGCGUAAAUGCUGGUAAGGCUUCCUUUAUUUUACCCAGGCAUGAUUGCAGUGAACUCUUGUUAUCUCAAAUCCCGACUUCAACGUUAACCUUUUUGGUAAUCGUUAGUGAGAAACAGGUUUUAUUUUCGUAGUUUGACCUAUUUUAGCACACUCAUGCAGAAACUGUUCUGGUUACUGGCAAAGCUACAUUAACAGAAGUUAACAGAGUUUGGUGAAGAGUGAUAUACUUGGUGUCAGCUAUGAUCUUUUAGUUUCUGAAGUUAACUGUGGUUAAAUUCUUGGCUCUGCACGUACAGUUGAAGAGUCUGUGCUUAGCGUUUUCCAUUUAAUUGAAAGAAGUCUGACCAAAAGUGACAAAGUUAUAUUGUGACGCACUGUGAACAAGAUAAAUGUGAAUUAAAUCUCUUUUGUGCAGAAAAAAACACACACAGGCAGUUCCUCGGACAGAAAAUGCUGAGUGUGCAUGUGUUAAAGCCCGGUCCCUGACUCCUGUGAUGGCGGUGCCUCACCCAUCUCUUCUCCACCUAUGAAACACUGAUUCCAGUGUGACUUUAUGCUUUUUAGGGAGUUUAGUAUCUCUUCCUUAUUAUACCGUUUCCUGUCUGACAACAAGACUUUAUUUCAGCAGAUUACAUGUGCUGCAUGUUGCAGAUCUUGCCCAAUUGUGUGCACAUAUAGUGAUGUUAUAAUAAUAAGCAGAUUAAGUUACCAGUAGUGUUAAGCUUGUAGAUUUUUCAAAUAUGAGAUAAGUUCUGCUUAUGGUUAGUUCAAGUGCCACCAUUAAAUGUUGGCCUGAUUUGGGAUUUGUUUCUGAAACGUGACUUUUUUUUUUUUUCCUGACACACCUGCACCGUGUUUUUUGGAUGUGCAAAUGCUUCUCCAAUUAUGAAGCGUGCAGACAUGACAAAGCUCAAAGCUGCAUCGUUGUUAACAACUGACAAUAAUUUAAUUUAUAUUUAACUUAUCUUCCUUAGACGAUGAUAAUUACAUUACCAUUUCCAUUUUUGUUUAACAAAGAUAUGGAUGUAAUAAGAGAAAUGUUUUUGGAAUAAAGUUCAUUUGAGAGGUUUAAA